AUGGCCAAGAACGAUGCUGUAAUUCAGAGUCAAGUGGCAUCCUUGAGGAAUCUAGAAACUCAGUUGGGGCAGCUUGCUAAUGAGCUAAGGAAUAGACCACAAGGCACCUUGCCUAGUGAUACAGAAAAUCCAAGGAAAGAUGGCAAGGAGCAUUGCAAGGCGGUUACCUUGAGGAGUGGCAAAAAUGUGGAAUUGACUGAGGAUAAUUGUACUAGAAACAACGAGCCCACUUCAAUCCAAAGUAGUGGGGACAAAGGAGACAAAGCUGUGAAAUCAAAAAAUUUAAAUGCUGAUCCUGAAGCAAUUGCUGCAGCAAUUCAUCCACAAAAUGCUACAGGAGAGCCUACAAGCAAGCCACCUCCACCAUUUCCUCAGCGCUUUCAAAGGCAGCAACAAGAUAGUCAAUUCCGGAGAUUUUUAGAUGUUUUGAAACAACUUCACAUCAAUAUACCAUUGGUUGAAGCUUUGGAGAAAAUUCCCAACUAUGUGAAGUUUUUGAAAGAUAUUUUAACUAAAAAGAGGAGGCUUGGUGAAUUUGAAACAGUGGCGUUGACUGAAGGCUGUAAUGCUAUAUUGAAGAGUAAAAUUCCUCCUAAAUUGAAGGAUCCGGGCAACUUCACAAUUCCUUGUUCUAUUGGUGGUAGAGAUGUUGGUAGGGCACUUUGUGACUUGGGGGCUAGUAUCAAUUUGAUGCCCAUGUCAAUUUUCAAGAAGUUGGGGAUAGGAGAAGCGAGACCAACCACAGUAACUUUGCAAUUAGCGGAUCCUUCUAUGGUGCACCCGGAAGGAAAAAUUGAAGAUGUACUUGUUCAAGUUGACAAAUUCAUCUUUCCGGCUGAUUUCAUCAUCCUUGAUUAUGAAGCGGAUAGAGAUUUUCCGGAUGAGGUUGAGGAAUGUUCUAGGCUAAGUGUAAUUGAGUCUAUUGUCACUGAAAAAUUCCAUAAGGAAGCUUGUAAAGAUGGAGUGGGGGUGAGGAGGCCUUUUGAGUCAUUGAAUUUGUCUGAAGGGAAUUUUAAGCCUCCUAAGCCUUCUAUUCAAGAGCCACCAAAGUUAGAGUUGAAGCCCUUGCCUAGUCACUUGAAGUAUGCUUAUUUGAGAGAUAAUGAGACCUUGCUUGUGAUUAUUUCAGCCAUGUUAGGAGCUGAAAAAGAGAGUUUGUUGCUGGCUAUUUUGAAGAAAUACACAAGGGCCAUUGGUUGGACUAUGGCGGAUAUCAAGGGGAUAAGUCCCUCAUUUUGUAUGCACAAAAUUCUGUUGGAGGAUUGCUGUAAUAAUUCUGUUGAGCAGCAGUGA